UACCACUUCGUAGUUGACUUUGCCUUGAGAUGUCUCUCUCUCUUGCCCCCAAAACACUUUCUGCUCAUCUGGGUGUGGAGAACUAUACCAGGUAAUCAAUGCUUCAACUGAACUACAAAUCUCGAUUGCUAAGUCAUGUUGUUGACGAUAACUUCUUUGAUUUCUUAGCUUGAUCUCAUUGGAUGAUUAAUGAAAUUUACUGGGUUUGCUUAGAAAAGUUGAUAUACUAUCAAAGCAUGAGGGGCUUUGUUAUUGACUUCGAAUAUUUAGCUGAAGAGUUGGUUUGGUAUUGCUCGGAGGUUUUUGAUUUCUUCCCCGACGAAUUAUUGGCCUUCUUUUUGGUUUUUGCAUCUCUACUUGAAGAAUUUGUUGGAUUUCUCUUUUGCCCAGUCUUGAUUGCUUAAAUUCUCGGUGAGAUCCAUUCUGAACUCAAGGUUUAUAGCCGUCGUAUUUGGAAAUUCAACCUCAUUCUCUGAUGGUUCGAAUUCUGUUUUUGCUACAUCAGAAUUGAUCAAGUUUUAUGGUCUACUGGCAAAAUUAAGUUUCUGGUGGAUAUUGAAACUUGGCGUCUAGCAGGAUCAGUUAUCGACAAAUAUUGUGACUUUGUGAUUGAUAAAUGGGUUCAAUUCAGAACAGAGUUUAUUAUUGUUGUGUAUCAAAUGGUAGUCGAAUUUUGUAUGCAUUUAGCAGUGGAGACCAUGAGAUUGAGAACUUGGCUGCAUUGUGCUUGGAAAUGACACCUCCUUUUCACCAGUGGUAUUUUCAGACUAUGGGGAAGAAGACUUUUGGGUUUUUGAUGCAAGAUGGAUAUGUCUAUUUUGGUAUUGUAGAUGAAGGUCUCAGUAAUUCGGGAUGUCUUCAGUUUUUAUCACAUAUGAGAGAUGAAUUCAAGAAAGUGGCUAAGAAGGGUUCAAGCAGGAGUAUGUCAAAUCUGAACUCACUCUGUUUACAAGAACAACUAGUGCCAGUUAUCCGCCGUUUGAUCACCUCUCUAGAGCAGGUCUCGCAGAGUGGUACUGAGGAGCCAGCAGAAGCGCCCUCACCUGAUCAUGUUGGCCUCUCUCCAUCACCGUGUAACAGUGCUAAUGGGCAAAUUGAAGCUGGUGCUUCGACAAAAGCCCCUCUGUUGGGCAAGUCUAGCAAACAAGAGAAGAAGAAGAUGAAGGAUCAUGUGAUUGCAAUGAGAGAUAUUGAGUUGGAGGAGCACCGAAAGUCUACAGACAGAAGAGUCAAUGUUGAUUCAGGAACACUUGAUGACAAAGGUGCAGGAAUUUCUUCAAUUUCAUUACGAAAGGAUAUAGGUUCAAUGAGGAUCAGGUCGACUACUCAAAGCAUUCGGAAGAAGUGGUGCCGCCAACUACGAAUUGUUCUUGCUAUUGACGCUGCUGUUUGCCUGAUUCUCUUUGUGAUUUGGUUAGGGAUAUGUGGUGGUAUUGAUUGCGUCCGUUGAAAGUUUGCCAUUGUUAUGUCUGAUACGAGACGUCAUCACCAUAACUAUGGGAGCCAGAAAUUUUGAGUGAAAGAUUUCAAAUUUUCAAAUUUCAAGUCAAUAUUCUUCCGAGGAUAGGCUGCCCAUGCAGGAUAAUUGGAUGCAAGCUAUAAAUUGAUUUGUCAGCGGGCUUGAAUAUCUAUCCGAAGGUACGAGGUUCAGAUAAUGGUUCAUGGUAUCCAAUUCAGGAACUCUUUUGUACAGUCUUUGAAUCUGCAUAUCUAAAAAAAGGCACAUGAGGCUCCGGCCACUACAAGAUUUAGAGAGGGUCAUAUCUGCUUGAAUGGAAUGAAUAUAGAAAAUAAACGGUAUGUGAUAGGCGCAUGUUACCCUCGCCAGAUAUUUCACAUCAGUAUCUUGUAGCUGUUUCAAUAUGACUUGUAUUUUAGAAAAUACUAUGUGCACCACCAUGUCAACGCCAUCUGAUGUGGUAUGAUUUUAACUUUUAACCAAUCUAAUAGUGUCUAUUGAGGUGAUCCAAAAAAGUAGUAUUUGUAAUAUUUUUAUUAUGUUUUGGGGUACUUCUGAAAUAUUCUAUCUGGUUUCUUGUUAUUCCGU